AUGAAUUUAGAAUUAUUUAUAAGGAACAAAUUGUUCACCAUUGGCUUACAUGAAGAGACAUUUGGCGAAUAUAUUGCGGGAAUUAUUACCGAUGAUUCACUAGAAGAGUCGGAAAAGCGAGAAGCCAUUUCCGAAUUUAUAUCGGGUGCAACAGACAACCCAUCAGAAUCAAUAAUAGACGAUAUAUUUAAAACAUGGUCCGAAUUUGAAAAAGAACAACAAGAAACUAAAGAAGCUGAAGAGAAACUUAAGCAAGAGAAAGAAACAAAGGAAGCUGCUGCUCUACAACAAAAUUUUGAAAAUGCUUCAACUUCUAUCGAACCCGCUACAAUAUCGCUUCGUAAUCCAAAAAAACAACUUACGAAAGAAGAACGCAAAAGACGCGAACAACUGCUCGCGAGAUAUAGUUAUGAAUUGGAUGAAGUUGUAGAAAAUGAAGAUGGAGAGGCAGAAAUCCAAUAUAAAGACAGAAGUGCAAUUAAAGAGAUUAGCGAAGAUUUGUUACAAGCCAAUCGCAAUACAGAACAAGUAAAACAAAAAGAGCAAUUUCGAAGGGAGCAAAUGAGAAAGCAACAUGAGGAAGAAAAAGAAAGAAAUCGAAGACAAUGA